AGGUCAUCACUCGGCUUCAUAAUGGCACACCAAAUGACCCCAGCGUGGCCCACGCAACAGCGGCCAGUAUACCACGACUCUAUCCUCACAAUCACCGACAGCAGUUGCGCUGAUCCAUAUGUGCUAUGGGACAAAGGCACAUACUACAUGACUUUCACCUGCGGUGGACACAUUGAGAUUUGGUCGGCAGAUUCACUCCUCGACUUUGAGAAGAAGUGCAAGAAGAACGUCAUCUGGCGUCCUCCACCGGACCAACCCUACUCGGCCGAUCUCUGGGCCCCGGAACUUCAUUCCAUUCACGGCCGCUGGUAUGUCUACUUCGCGGCAGACGACCCCAAGCACGGAAACAAGUCGCAUCGUAUGUACGUCCUCGCUGGACCACCCGCAGACGAAGACCCUCUCGAACCUAGUAAAUGGAACUUCUUCGGCCGUAUGGGUGGGCUGCCUGAAGACCAAUGGGCGAUUGACGGCACUGUCAUCACAUUGGGUGGUUCCAUGCUUUUUGUCUACUCUGGCUGGCCGUUCGGUACCAACGCCGACGAAUCGCGUCAAGAGAUCUACAUCAUCGAAAUGACUUCACCGACAGAGUGUACAGGUCGACCGAUCCGCAUCAGCACGCCCGACCUCCAAUUCGAAUUCUCAGGUACCAGUGGCAUCAAUGAAGGCCCACAGUUCCUAUGCUCACCAGAUGGUCGCUGGAUGGGCAUCGUGUAUAGCUGCGCUGGAAGCUGGACACAUGAGUACAAGAUGAACAUCCUUUAUUACACCGGUGGUCACCCUCUGGAUCCUCACUCGUGGUGCAAAUCCAACAUGCCCCUUCUCCAAGCUGCUCGCGACGAUUCUCCGCCCUACGGUCCUGGCCACGGCAACUUUGUCCUAGUAAAUGGGCCCGGUGGUCCAGAAGUGUGGGGUGUGUUCCAUGCCACGGAUGCAAAGACAGGUUGGGAAGGCCGCAAGGCCCGCCUCAUGCGUGUGGGAUGGGGCCAUGGCGGACCUUUCAUGGGCUCUGGUGAAUGCGGAAGGUGCUGUGGUGAGGUUGAGCAUUUCAUCCAAGGUUGCCCGGGAGGCGCCUGCGGAGGCCAGGGACACUGUGGAGGUGCAGGUGGUGGGGGUGAGAGGUGA